AGUUUCGUAUGAAAUUAACAAAAUUUCAUAAUUAAAUUUGAGUUUUACACAAAGUUGCAGAAGAAGAUUUUAUGCGAUUUGCAUAAAAAUGGCGAUAUUAUACGAAUGCGCCCUUCUGGACGCGCUCGUGAUAUUUUCGUCGCUGUUCGUUAUGUUUUACUUAUGGAUGAAAUGGAAACAUACCUAUUGGCAGAGACAUGGCAUACCUACGAUACCUUCACAUUGGUUCUUCGGUCACUUCAAGGAUGCAAUGCUGUUUCGCAGAUCAGCUGGAGUGGUUCUCAGCGAAUUACACAAGCAAGCUGAGAACGAAGAUGUUUUAGGAAUUUACAUCCUACAUAAGCCAUCCCUGCUUCUAAGAAAUCCUAAACUGAUCAAACAGAUAAUGAUCAAGGACUUUAAUAUAUUCCCAAAUCAUUAUUUCAGGGGAGCAAAUAAUUCCGAUAAUAUUAGCAAAUGGAGUCUUUUCUCCAUACGUUAUCCUGAAUGGAAGUAUUUGAGAUCAAAAAUGACACCGGUGUUCACGAGCGGCAAGCUGAAAAGUCUCUUUCUGCUAAUGCAAGAGUCCGGGGAAAAGAUGAGAGACCAUUUGCGCGAUCAAAUUGAGGACUCCAGAGUCGUGCCAAUAGUUAUCAAAGAUACAUUCUACAAAUAUACCACCGACGUGAUAUCCUCCGUAGCGUUUGGAAUUCGAACAAAUUGCUUUGAUACACCAUCACCAGAAUUUUAUGUAAACUCGCGUAAAGCUUUCGUUCCGACCAUUCUAAGGACCUUGCAGUUUUUCUUCUUAUUCUUCUUACCGGCGAUCGGAAAAUACUUAGGUGGCUCGAUGCUUGGCAGGUACACAGAUUACUUCCGUAGAGUCUUUUGGGAUUCCAUGGACAAUAGAAGCGUCACGAAACUAAAACGAGGAGAUCUAAUCGAUUCUCUUUUACAAUUAAAAAAUGAGCCGCCAGAUAAUAUGAAUGUUCAGUUUGAAGGAGACGCUCUUGUCGCACAAGCAGCGAUCUUCUUUGUAGCUGGUCGCGAAACCAGCAUCACUACUAUGACUUGCGCGCUUUUCGAAUUGGCCAAACAACCAGAAAUGCAAAGACGCGUACGGGAAGAGAUCUUAAAGACAAUCCAGGACACUAAUGAUGUAACGUACGAAGCGGUCCACAAUAUGAAAUAUCUGCAUCAAAUAAUAAAUGAAACGCUAAGACUUUAUCCACCCGCGCCGAUCAUAGACAGAUUUCCUCUUAGCGAUUACACAUUUCCUGGCACAAAUAUAACUAUCAAGAAGAACAUACCGGUAUACGUCGUAUUACGUGGUAUUCAAUCUGACCCAAGAUACUAUCAGGAUCCUAUGCGUUUCGAUCCCGAGCGAUUCAGCGAUGAAAGAAAAGACGAGAUUGUACCUUGCACUUUCUUGCCUUUCGGAGAGGGUCCAAGGAAUUGUAUAGGUAUGCGGCUGGGAAUUUUGCAAACCACUGUGGGAUUGAUAGCUAUUUUGCGUGAUUAUGAGGUUGCAUUGCAUCCUUCAUGGAAAGAUCCCAUCGAUCCGCGAAACGUAUUUAUCUCGCCACCAGCAGAAUUCUUGCUGAACUUUAAGAAGAUAUGAUGCUUUACAAUGCUACAAUGUGCAAUGAUAGGUAUAUGACCAUUAUAAUUUUUGUUUUUAUUAUUUUAUUAGAAUGUGUAUAUGAGAGCAUUAGAAGUUAUUUUGACUAAUGGAUAUAUUAGUAG